AUGAAUUCCAACAAAGCCUUGAUCUUCAAAAAGAUCCCUCGAGGCCUUCCUGUACCCGGCGAAGACUUGACUAUCGAGCAAGUCACUGAUACAACCAAUGACGCGCCUCCUCCAAAUGGGAUCCUUGUCAAGUCCCUUUAUGCUAGUUUCGAUCCAUAUAUGCGUGGUCGUAUGCGCCCAAUUGAACACGAAUCUUACUCUCCGCCCUUUCACCUCAAUAAAGCUAUUGACAGUUUUGGCAUUGGCAAGGUCUUGAAGUCGAGGAAUGAUUUCUACAGAGAAGGCCAGAUUGUUAUUGGUGAACUUCCAGUUCAAGAAUAUUCAAUGCUAGAUGAGAACUCUAUUACUAGAAUUCGUUUCCUUGAAAAUUCGCAUGGAUUGGAGGAUAUCCGCGUGUUCCUUGGUGCCUUGGGAAUGCCUGGGCUGACUGCAUACUCUUCCUUCUAUGAGAUUGGAAGACCGAAGAAGGAUGAUGUGAUUUUCAUUUCCGCUGCAAGUGGUGCUGUCGGACAAAUCGUCGGGCAGCUGGCAAAACGGGAAGGGCUGAAAGUUAUCGGAAGUGUGGGCUCCGACGACAAGCUCACUUAUAUUUUGAACGAAUUGGGUUUUGACGCCGGGUUCAACUACAAGAAGGAAGAGCCCAAGAAAGCCCUUGCACGUCUUGCACCUCAGGGACUAGACAUUUACUAUGACAAUGUUGGCGGUGAACACCUCGAGGCCGCCCUGGAUUUUAUGAAUCCGUUUGGUCGCAUUGUCGCUUGUGGCAUGAUCUCUGAUUUUAGUGGUGCUCCUCACCCGAUCAAGAAUCUCCACAACCUCAUAACCAAGCGCCUCAGCAUGCGAGGAUUUAUUGUAUCUGAUCCAGGAUUCGCCGAUGCCUAUCUCUUGGAGCACCAGAAGAAUAUGCAGAAGUGGAUUAAGGAAGGCUCUAUCAAAAGCCUAAUUCACGAAACUGUGGGUAUUGGGAACGCUGCAAAAGGACUGGUCGGAAUUUUCGAAGGAAAAAACAUGGGGAAGGCUAUUCUUAGAUUCUGA